CAACGGCGAAACGGGCACAGAGCAAGCGAGGAGCACAGAAUCGAUCAAAUGUUUUGGGAUUGGAUAUAGAAAUCUGGCGGUCGGAAAAGGUAUUACGGAAGCAAGAUAUGGCAAAGAGAAUGCUGAUACAUGACCAAGGAAAUCUAUCUAAUGUGCCUAAACUCAAUCGAAACUUGAAGCUAAUGCAUCCAAAAGACGACACAUCGAUCGCUGAAGCUCUUGCCGCCAAAAUAAGAAUUCUGUGUUGGGUAAUAACACACCCCCCAAAUCAUGACAAACUGCCUGUUGCUAUAAAGGACACUUGGGGAAGGAAAUGUACUAAGUUAGUAUUUUUGAGUACGGAACAUGACGAAUCCAUACCAACAGUGAAGUUGCCGGUGCGGGAAGGCCGGGACUAUCUGUGGGGUAAAAUGAAGGCAGCCAUCCAUUACAUCUAUAAGAACCAUCGUCAGGACGCUGAUUGGUUCCUGAGAACUGACGAUGACACAUACGUAAUAAUGGAAAAUCUUCGCUAUCUUUUAUCCAACUACGAUCACCGUAAACCUUUAUAUCUAGGCUGCCGCUUUAGGUCACAUACUCCGCAAGGUUAUAUGAGUGGCGGGGCCGGCAUGGUGCUGAGUCGAGACGCUCUCGAUAGGGUUGUCAAAAGAGGAUUGCGAGCUACCAAUUUGUGCGACGAAGGCGAUGAAGGGGACGAUGAUGAUGCUAAAAUAGGUAUAUGUCUGCACCGCGUAGGCGUCAAGGCGGUAGACACUCGUGAUUCAGAGCAGCGCGGGCGCUUUUGGCCUUUCAGUCCGCAAGACCACGUCGUACCUUACACCGACCCCGAUUUUUGGUACUGGCGAUAUACUUAUUAUCCCAGUCAGUAUGGUGUCGAUUGCUGUUCGGACUACUCAAUCUCCUUCCACUACCAGUCUCCGGCAGACAUGUACACCAUGGAGUUUCUCAUCUACAAACUACGACCAUUCGGCAUACAAUACAGCUCAGGGCGUUUGCCAAAAAUUUUGAAAAAUUCUAAAAACUUAACGAAUAUCACAAACUGGAAAACUACUUAA